UGCUCCUCCUCACAAAAGAUUUGGGCGAAUUCCUUUCUCCGGGUUUUCAAGCCAUCUUUUAAAAAUCCAUCCCGCUCUCUCGCGUUGAAAGCUGGAGCUGUGUCGGGCAGCGAGAGACGGGAGACAGAAGGAGGAAGCUUACAGGGAGCAGGAAAAAGAAGGCAGGAAGGAGGGAUUAGGGAAGCGACUGAUAAACAGGCGACGAAGGUGGCCGGGGACGCGGCGCAGUGGCCGCUUUCCGAAAGCGAAAGGACCCAGACCGCGGAGGAGAUCACCAUGGGGGAUAACGCGUCUUCCGAUGCCGGCUGUUAGCAAGUGAAGGGGCUUGGGAGAGGAGAAGGCGGCAGUGGAAGCAGCGCCCGGUCCCGCAGCCGGGUUGCAAAGAGCCCGGAGAGCUGAGGCUCGCUGCUUGGACGGCUGGCUGGUGGGCUCGGGAGGAGAAAGCGGGCUGGGAAGCGGCGGCAUCCGCAGAAAGCGUGACGCCCCAGGGUUGGUCAUGCCCUUCGCCAAGAGGAUCGUGGAGCCCCAGAGGCUGUGCCGGCGGCAGCACAUCGCCUCGGUGCUGGACGAGAGCUCCGGCUCCGAGCUUCCUCAGCCCGGGAGCCACCGAGAGGAUUCCGGGGAGGCGGUGGACGAGCCGGAGGAGGAGGCUCCGGCUGGGCUAGCUGCCGCGCUCCCCGCCGACGGGAAGGAGAACCAGGAGGCGGCGGCGGCGGCGGCGGCGGCGAUGAUGUUGGAUCUGUGCUCGGUCAGCAAUGUGGCUCUCUCGCGGAUCCUCCGGCAGCUCUCCGAUGUGGCCAAGCAUGCCUGCACCCUCUUCCAAGAGAUCGAGGGCGAGAUCCAGCUCACGCACCGCAGGGUCCAGGCGCUGCACAGCCGGAUUGGCGGCGUCCAAACCAUUUUACACAGUUUGGAUCCCAAGCAGGAGGCAGUGCACAGAAGCUGACUGGGCUGCCAGCAGACUACCUCCACACUGGAAUCAGGAUAUUUUACUACAUCUGAGAACAG